CCGUCCGGGGCGGACAUGGCCGCCUGUUGCGCGGGGCUGCUGCGGGGCUCGGGGCUCGCAGGCCCGCUCUACCCCGGCCCGUACCGGCAUGAUAUGGUGGCGGUUCUUGGCGAGACAACUGGCUCCCUCGCCCUGCAGAGGCUGCGGGACAAGAUGAGACGCGAUGCCGAGGGGUAUCAGAUCCUGCGAGAGCGGCCACGGAUCCGGCUGUCCACCCUGGAUGUGGCGGGGCUCCGGGGGCUGCCGGAUGGGACAUUUGGUCGGGAAUACAUGCGGUUUUUAGAAGACAACAGGGUUUCUCCAGAUACAAGGAUGCCGGCCAAAUUUGUUGAUGACGAGGAGCUGGCUUACGUGAUCCAGCGGUACCGGGAAGUCCAUGACCUGAUGCAUACUCUCCUGGGCAUGCCCACCAACAUGCUGGGUGAGGUCGUGGUGAAGUGGUUCGAAGCUGUUCAGACCGGCCUGCCUAUGUGCGCUCUUGGGGCAGCGUUUGGCCCCAUUCGUCUCAAAGCCCGGAAGCUGCAGGUCUUGACCACAGAGCUCAUCCCCUGGGCUGUGCAGAGUGGGCUCCGUGCCAACUGCAUCCUGAACAUUUACUAUGAGCGCCGCUGGGAGCAGACGGUGGAGUCCCUGAGGGAGGAGAUCGGGAUCCUGCCUCCCCCUUCCAUUCGCCUGUGAGAGCCCAAGCGUGGAGGGCAUUGGCCUCCAUGAGGCUUUGGUGGGGCAAAGGGGGGGAUGUCCUCACAGGGCACCAGCCUGGAGAGUGAUGACAACCCCCUCAGGGCUUCGUCUCCUCCAGAGAAUUUUCCUGCAGCACUUGGGACAUUGCUUAGCCUGAGCCAGUGCCUGGCACAUCACUGUCACGUCACAGGCACAGCUCUGAUGACUGCAACAUUAUGCCUCCUUAUGGGAAGGGGAAACCUGACCCCUGCUGCUGUGUUGGCCCCAUAUAAAGCUGGUCCCAUGUA